ACCACACCUGCUGUAGCAAAUCCUGGAAGUACCUCCCAUCGUCACUCUCAAGAUCAGUUUCUGCAAAGCAGAAGGCAAAGCAGCGCAAUAAAAAGACAGAAGCUGGAGGGAACUUAGAUGAGAAGAACUUUGCAUUUCCAGUCUGUUUAGAUCUGCUGAAGUAUCCAAGGACUAUUUAAUGUGGACAUCGUUAUUGUAUUAACUGCAUUAAGAGCUCCUGGGAUCUUGUUGGAGUUUACAGCUGCCCCUAGUGCAGACAGGCCUUCAUACCUAGAUCUGUUCUGGGCAGAAACACCAUGCUGGCUGAAGUGGUGGAUAAACUAAAGAAGACUGAACUACAAGCAGGUACUUCUGCUGACCGUUAUGCUGGACCUGGAAAUGUGGUGUGUGACGUCUGUACUGGGAGAAAACGCAAAGCUGUCAAGUCCUGCCUGGUGUGUCUGGCCUCUUACUGUAAAAAUCACCUCAAGCCUCACUAUGAGUCUCCAGCUUUUAAGAAGCACAAGCUGAUUGAUGCCACUGGAUAUCUGCAGGACAAGGUCUGUUCCCACCAUGACAAACCCCUGGAGGUCUACUGCCGUACCGACCAGCAGUGUAUCUGCUAUCUCUGUACGAUGGAUGAACACAGAGGCCAUGAUACAGUCUCAGCUGCUGCAGGAAGGGAGGAGAUGCAGAAACGAUUGCGGGAAACAAAGAGAGAAUUUCAGCAGAGAAUCCAGAGGAGAGAGAAGGAGCUACAGGAGCUGAGGGAGGCUGUGGGCUCCAUCACAAGCUCAGCACAGUCAGCAGUACAGGACAGCGAGAAGAUCUUCACUGAGAUGAUCCGCUCCAUUGAGAGAAGACGCUCUGAGGUGACAAAGCUGAUCAGAGAUCAGGAGAAGGCUGCAGUGAGUCAGACUGAAGGACACAUGGAGAGACUGGAGCAGGAGAUUGAUGAACUGAAGAGGAGACACUCUGAGCUGGAGCAGCUUUCACACACAGAGGAUCACAGUCAUUUCCUCCAGAGGUUCCUGCAUUUUCCUGUCAUCCCUGAAGCUGGAUUUGGACCCAGAAUCUCUGUCAAUCCAUGCUACUAUUUUGGAAACGUGACAAAUGCGGUUGUCAAACUGAAGGAACAACUGGAGAAUGUCUGCAAAACGAAAACGGCAGAAAUCAGUGAGACAGUUACUAAAGAUGCUGUCCUACAGGUAUUAGUGCCCAGGACCAGAGCAGAAAUCUUACUAUAUUCCUGUCGGCUCACUCUGGACCCCAACACAGCAAACAGAAACCUCCAUCUGUCUGAGGGGAACAGAGUGGUGACAUCGAAGAUGGAGAGACAGUCAUAUCCUGAUCACCAGGAGAGGUUUGAGUCAUGGACCCAAGUGUUGUGUACAGAGGGUCUGACUCGGCGCUGCUACUGGGAGGUUGAGUGGAGCGGCACUGGAGUCGGUGUAGGCGUCACAUUUAAGGGGAUGAGCAGGAAUGGGUGGGGUAAUGACAGCGCACUUGGAUACAAUGACAAGUCCUGGUGUCUGUACUGCAGAACCUUCAGUUACUCAUUCUGGCACAAUAAUGAGCGAACUGUGGUAUCCGGCCCCCCCUCCUCCAGGAUAGGGGUGUACCUGGAUCACAAGGCAGGAAUUCUGUCCUUCUACAGUGUCUCUGACACAAUGACCUUCCUGCACAGGAUCCAGACCACGUUCACUGAGCCCCUCUAUCCUGGGUUUUACCUUUUUGACAGUACAGCCAAACUAUGCUAGCUAGGUUAGUAGGCCAUUUAAUGUAUCCCAAAAAUAACUAAAUAGGUAAUAGAGGAACACAAGGCUACUAAUUGUGACCUGUUUGCUGUUGCCACCUGUCACUUGAGAUUUUUUGUUUCUGUGUUUGGUAUCAAAAUGAAACAUUGUGGCUUAUUAAGUCUAACUUGUGCCAAUUUUCAAUUUUAUGUAUAAUUUCUGAAUUCUAUCCUGUAUUACACCGGACACAAGUUCCCAACAUUGCAUAGCAUGAAAUAUGUUUAAGUGUCAAUAGGAUCUUCGGAACACAGAAUGAAUAACUGUACGUAAUAUCAGACUACAGCAAAAGGCAACAAGGAAAUGGAUCUUUAAGUUUUUUUUAUGUAAAAGGUAGAAAUAAUGAUCAUAAGGACAGAUGUAAUAAACGUCCAAUUAUACAGAAUUUAUGAAUUAUGCAUUUAGGUCAUUUACAGGUUUUUUGGGAUAACAGACUGACUUCCUUUAAAUAAUAUCCGUUUUGCAAGCAAACUGAUCAAAAUAAUGUCUUGCAUUAAAUUUUUUUUUUUACACAAUUAUUUUAGGGGCAUUAAAAUCAGUGGAAAUCCGGGACUGAUAAUGCUUUUACCAUCUAAUGUACCUGUUUUUCAUAAUUCACGAUGAUUGCUUUAAUUGGGAUAAUUCUGGAGUUCAAAAUUAUUUAUAUAUUUUAUAGAAUUAAUAUGUGGAAAACCAACAAAUUAAUAAAGCAAAACAUUCUGACAGUUUGUUGUUUCCUCACUCUCACUAUCAUUCUCCAUUUUGA